CUCCCAUUGCGCCGCAACGUGUAUACACGCUCUCCUUACACCCUUGCCUACCGAUCGAACUGCUGAACUCUUCACAACGAUGCUCCAACGACCGCGGCAUCCAGCCCCUCGCACCGUGCGCACAAUACACACAACCGCGAAGAAGACAAGCGUGAGGAUGUCCUCAACAACAAGCAAGCGGAGAGCAGUAGACAAGAAGCCGCUCGCCAGAGGCACGAAUCCUCCUGCGCCAAAGUCAACGAAAAGACCCGCGCCCACAUCCACACCGAACCCACCCCCAUCCCCACGCCAACAACAGCCCACACCCGCAACCCCAACACCAGGCAAAACACCGCACCCCACGCCUAGCACCGGGCCCCCAUACCCGCGCACAACCACCAUCCCCCUCCCGCGCAACCCGCUGCGCGCCCCCUCGCCCACAUCCACGCCCACAAACCCCAGCACGAGCACGAACAAGACGUUUGCGCGCCCCGCGCCGCCCCACCCCCGCCCUGCUCCCGCGCCAGGCUACAGAGCCCCACAAUCGCGCCGCAUCAUCGAGCCCACGCCCGACAUCCGGCUGCCGGACAAGUACAAGCCUGCUGCGCGGCGCGUGACGUCGAUCAUCGUGGGGAUACCGAUCAUACUCGUUGUGGGGUAUGAGUUGUAUAAUCGGUAUCGGGCGGAGAUACGGACUAAGUGGGAUGAGGGGGGGCGGAGGGUGUGAGUGUGCGUGUUGAUGUUGGGGGAAAGAAGGGAUGGCAUGUGGAGGGUGGUUGUAAGGAUACGGAAGAGGGUUGUGUGUAUAGGAUAUAAGGGUCUAUUUUCUACAUGACUGUUACGUCUAACUAACAUCUACGUCUACUUGAAUGUUAUGACGCUUGCUACCUGACAACCGAAUGGGAAUGUGUAUCAAUGUUGACCAACCAAGGAAAAAGGCACGAAUUGGCUCAUAUGCAAAUGAAAAGUACGAUUAACAAAACGCUCGACACAACUUCAUAAUUCAAGGAA